AUGAAAAGAGUUAUUCCAAACUGCAGACAUCGUUUAUGUUCUUGGCAUCUGGAGAAAAAUGCCUCAACAAAUGUCCACAUACCAGAAUUUCCAAUUGAUUUUGCACAGUUGAUGUUAAAGAAAUGUAAAAUUGAUGAGUUUGACAAUACCUGGGCUGCUAUGGUGAAACAGUACAAGUUGGAGAACAAUAAUUGGGUGUUGAAUAUUUAUCUGAAGCGUGAUAAUUGGGCUGAGGCAUAUCUCCGUGGUCACAUGUUUGCUAGAAUGAGGAGCACUCAACGUAUCGAGGAUAUGAAUGCACAUUUCAAUAUAUUCCUAGACCAAAAGGUUAGGCUGUACGAAUUUGUAGCACAAUAUGAUAGGGCUCUUGCUAGAAUGCGUGUUAAUGAGGCAGAAACAGAAUCUAAAACAGAGAAUAGUUUCCCGGUUUUGACUACGCCAUUGAGAAGUUUGGAGAAACAUGCAACUGAACUCUUUACUCGGAAGAUUUUUUCAUUAUUUCGACAUGAAAUCAGGAAAGAGGGUAAAUUGUUUGUGAUGGAAAGAGUUCAGUUAGAGGAUCAUCGCACCUAUUGUUUUGGUGAGUACAAGGCACCAACAUGCACGUGGACGGUUGAGUAUUUUCCAGCUGAUAUCACAAUGAAAUGCUGUUGCUUGAAGUUUGAGUCGUUUGGCAUCCCUUGCUGCCACAUGAUUGCUGUUAUGAAAUCUAAACAAUUAAUGUGUAUUCCACCGAGUUGUAUCUUGCAGAGAUGGACAAGACGUGGUAGGUCAAAGCGUCAACAACCAAGUCUUACCCAAAUUUGUAGCACCCUAACACAGACAGCUCGGUUUGGUAUACUCUGCUUCUGUUUUAGUGAAAUGUCAUAUUAUGCCUCACACGCGGACAAAGAUUUUGAAAAGGCAAGGGAAAUAGCUUUCCAGCUGACAUCGCAGAUGAAAAAAUGUUGGGCAAUAAGAAAAUAA